UCAAAACCUAUAAAAGCAAUGGUGGUAUCUUUGAGACUCCCAGUUGUCAUGUGAAUUUUGUACAAAAUAAAUUGAACAAGAAAACUUAUAUUCAACCCAAGGUCAUGGGAUCCUUAGAGGAGUCGAAGUUGCUUAGUUCUAUGAACGAGAAAUCAGGAAUAACGUCAGAACGAAAUCACAGCAAUUGAGUGGAAGAAUACAGUCAAACUUUAAUAUUCCCUGACAGUUGGUUUAAGCAUAGUUCGAUAUAUUCUUAGUUUGUGACAUCGUGUUCAUUGAAUUGGUUUUGACAUUUGGUUAACAAUGAGUUUCGAAGUACUGAGAAAUUCGAAAUUCAUUCUAGUCUCGGUGGUUUAUCUCAGCUUAUUUUUGGACAACAUUCUUUUGACGGUUGUUGUACCUAUCAUUCCUGACUAUCUCUAUACUUUGGAAGGCAAUGCAACCGUUGAUGCAGAAACUGACGAAAACGGUCGUGUGGGUUUUCUGCUGAGUUCCAAGGCGUUGGUUCAGCUGGUCCUGAAUCCAGUGAUUGGAUCAUUGACGGGAACUCUGGGCUAUGCCCGACCACUUCUGAUAGGCAGCGUGAAUCUACUGCUCGCUGCGUUAUUAUUCGCGUUCGGCCAGUCUUACGAGGUGUUGUUUUUGGCAAGGAGUAUUCAAGGCGUAUCUUCCGCAUGCAUCGGAGUCUCUGGCAUGUCGUUGGUGGCCUCACGAUACUCAGAGGAGGAGAAAAGGUCAAAGAUCAUGGGUUUCGUCCUAGGCAGUAUCGCCCUCGGUGUUUUAUUGGGAUAUCCCAUCGGCUCGAUUCUCUACGAUCUGAGUGGCAAGACGGCACCACUGCUGCUCGUUUCGGUCGCUAUAGUCUUCCUGAUCUUUUUUCAACUUGCCGCACUGGACUUCCACACGAUAAAACAGCAGAAGACCGAACCACGUACUAACUGGAUGUACCUGUUGUCCGACAAGAAGAUUAUAAUAGUCUCCGGAGCGAUCUGGUCCUCAACUUCAGCCAUGGCAAUUUUGGAACCGUGUCUUCCGCUCUGGUUGAUGACCCACGUCAAGCCCAAAAAAUGGCAACUCGGUACCGUUUUCAUUCCGGACAGCAUCGGCUACUUGGUCGGUACUAACUUCUUCGGAAUGGUGGCCUAUCGCAUCGGCCGAUACAAAACGGCCAUAUUUGCCAUGCUCCUGGUUGGCGUUAGCGCGAUCCUGGUGCCACUGGCGACGACGAUGUCGCAGCUGGUAAUCCCGCACCUGGGAAUGGGUCUGGGGAUCGGUAUCGCCGACGCGGCGCUGGUCCCGCUUUUGGCGUCGUUGGUCGACCAGGAGGACGGUUACGGACCGGUUUACUCCUUGCAACAAGUGGCCGUCAGCCUGGCAUACUCCCUGGGGCCCAUUAUCGGCGGUGAAAUGGUUAGGGAAAUCGGAUUCGCAUGGGUGAUGUGGGUUGUCGGUAUUGUCAACAUUGCCUACUGCCCGCUUUUGGGAUACUUGGCAAGCAAGGAUGGAAAACCCCUUGCUCAGGAUGGACGGAAGGACUACGACGCCGUUCAAAAACCCACGACCAAAUACGAGAGGUUUUACGAUUCGGACGAUACUUUGUGAAGAACAAACUGCAUGUACAUUUCAAAUCGUAUGUUACAAGAUUAUAUAAAUUACCUCUUCACCCGUAAUAAAUUCACUUAGAUAUUUAAAAUGAGAAACGGGAGUUUGACUCGCUUCAAAACCUCAUUACCAAUAUUUGCUUUGUCUAAUAAUAAUAGAAGUCAAAAAAAUUCAAUCACGCGGGGAAUUCUAGCAAAAGUUUUACUCCAAACCUGAGUCGAAAUUUAGCGUCUACUUUAAACCCUACGUAGAAGAGGAUCUAUUUCAAUGCAAUA